UUGGCAUUCUCCUGUCAUAGUUGUUGCUUGGAAUUUUCUUGUCAUUAGUUGAUACAAGACUGUCGAUACGAAAUAAACAUGAAUAAAACAAAAAAUAGCAAAUCUUCGGCAAUAACGCGUUUAAAUCGUUUGGUAUUUACCUAUGAGCUGCAUUUAUGGGUAACCCAGUGUCUAAAGCUUAAUAUGCCAGAGGAGGAAGCCACCGAUGAUGUUGUUGAGCAUUUGGUGGAUACGUUAACCUUUGACUUUUUGGACGAAGAGGUGGAAAGAUGCAACGUAUUUGGUCAUGAGCUGAUAUUGGAUGAUUUGACCAAACAAAAAGCUAAGGAUUUCGUACUCCUUAAAUAUCCCACUAUGUUGACAGAUGUGAAUAUUGGGGCCUUGACCGAUGUGACCAAUGUGACCGCUAUGAACGCUGAACCAGUUGAGAAGGAAGUGGAAUAAUACAUCAUUUCCUUUGCAUUUUCCUUGUAACUGCAUACGCUUAUUAUUAAAAAGCAAAAGAGUUGACGAACAUUUAAAA